CGGUUCUUCAAUCUUUGGCGGCCUUAGGGUUUCUUUGAGAUUCUUACCAUUCUUCUCCACACAUGCCAAGUCUCUCAAAUGGUGAUUAUGUCUGUAAAUCCGACCCUAUCUCUAUUUGUUAUGUGUUUUGGUUGUCUCUUUUUAAAGCGCAUAGUGUGUGUCAUGAGUUGAUUUUUUUGUCCGUUGUUGCCACAGGAGAUCAUAGGCCUCUUCCGUCUUCAUUUUGGUAUAUUUUAUACUAUCACUAUGUUUUUUCUAAACAUGCAUUGUUAUACGAUUUUGCUUAAAAGAUUUAUUAAUUUUACCCAAUAUUUAUACAGUUUCAAAAUAAGAGAUUCUGUAAUGAGAUUAAUUUAAUAAAUCUACAUUUUUUGUAACUCAUAUAGACAUAUAUUCCGAUCUAUAAUUCAUAUAAUUCAUAUGAUUUGAUCUGGUAAGUAUUUGGUCUCUGUGUAUUUUAUAACCGUUGAAGUCUGGUCUUAUAUGAUCUGAACUGGUCUGAUCUGAGACUCAAAAUAGUCCAAAUAAAAGCAUCCUUAAUGAGUUCAGGAAACUUUCCAAGAUCUUUUAAACAAUUAAAGCAUUAUUAUUAUUAUCAUCAUCAUCAUCAUCAUCAUCAUCAUUAUUAUUAUCAGAAUGAUUAUCAUUAUGAUUAUCAUUAUGAUUAUCAUCAUCAUCAUCAUCAUCAUUGUAAACAACAACUUAAAUACUCCAUAAUCACAAUUUAAAAUUGAAACGUGAAUUAAAAAUAAAAUAAAAUAAUAAACGUCUUAGUACGGAGUAGUCAUGAACCAUCAUUCUACACAACCGAAACCAAUUUUUUGUCAGCCAUUAUGUAAAGCCCAACCCAACUAACAUUCAACCUACCCAAAAACUAAAACCUAACUACACCAUAUACGAAGUAUAAUAUUGUGUUUUGCAUUAGCCUCUUCAUUCAUCCAUCCGUACACCCCAUUCACGCUAAUCCGCUAACCUCUCGUUUGGUGAAUCUUUAUGCCGACUUUUGUCACUAUCCAUAAUAUCCAUAAGAUCCCUUCUCAAUGAUUUGUAGCUAUGUUCUAUAUAUGAUUAUGAUUAUUAACCCCUUAUCCGACGAUUUCGUUGGUUGAAUUUUUCGUUAGUAGCUUAACCCCUUAUACGAAUCCUUAUGUGACUAUUCCGAAUUUCAUGGUGGUUGAGAACAGAUCGAAUGAUCUCAUACAUGUUGUUGUCCUCUCUUCAUUUGGGUAUAUUUAUUUCUUUCAUGUCUUCAAUUUUGAAUUUUUUCGCAUGCUUAACACACACACACUCUCAAUUUUUUUUUUUUGCUCAAAAUCUUCAUUUAGGUUUUGUGCAUUGUUCUUGCUCUGGGGGUGUGGAGAUCUCAAAAAUUAUUUUCUUAUGAUAGAUGAAAAUUUCACACACACACACACACACACACACAUAUAUAGAAAUCUUAAGAAUCAUUCCAGCCCUAGAGUGGUGUGGUGAUGAUCAUGCAUAUGUUUUCUUCUUACUCUUAACUUUUUAAGAUACUUAAAAAAUGGUUUCAAAAGUUAAUUUGGCCUCUGUUUUUAGGAAUUGCUCUAAUGCAAACUCGUAUUCGGAUUUAUUUGUAAUUGUUGUCAUUUUUUGUGCUUUAAUUGAUUAAUUGAUUUCUGGGUCAGUAUAGUAUAUAUGCAUAACAUAAAUGACAUUACCAUCUAUCAUCUCAAACCAAUGAGAUAAGCAAUACAAAAAUGUCAUACACAUAUAGAUUGUGUAUCUCAUAUGGUUGUGGCCUGGAUAAGAUUUGUAAAAUUAUACAGAGCAUGCAAUUAAACGAUAACUCUUUAUAAAGCCACAAUCUAUCUGAUUUUCAAGUAAUAUUUAUAUAUAUACCGCUAUAGAUAUAUUUUAAACGUUUGAGUGAAUCGUAAGUUUUAAAAAUGCAAGUGCAAUUUGGAAUCUGUUUUUCAUAGCUUAGCGAAAACAUAACUUCUAUUUAUAUAGCUUCUAUACACGUUUAAUGAAAUAUUUUCUAUAUAUAAAUAUUAUAUAUUAUUUAUAUUAUAUGUAAUCAUUGAAAUUAUUUUUUUUAAACAACGUGUAUAUAUAAAUAAUUUGUGUUUUCAUAUUUAUAAACAUGUCUUCACAUUACAUGCAUUAUGGAAUACAGAGUACUUUUUCCAAGAAAAAAAAUACAUUUCAGUGGUAAUACAUGUAAUAGGAUGAACACAGCUGGAUCAAGUAGGGCUGUGGUGAGGUUUUCACAGUUUGGUAGUUAUCAAGGAUCAGAAAGUUUCUUAUACCAAACACUCCAUGUUCUUUUAUUUUUGACUUGUUGUGGUCUUUUACUAAAUCAUGGAUCCCACUCCCCUGUAAAAAACAUUUGAAUGUUAAGAUACAAUUUAAAUUGGUGAUAAAAUAAAUAGUGUAUGUAUUAAGCAUUUUUAUAACAGAGUGUUACCUCCUCAAGUUGUGUGUGUAUUUGUUGAACUGUCUGCCAUUGCAAAGUUGUGCAUGUAUUUGUUGUGGUGUUGAAGCUCUAACACCUUGAGAGUAUUUAUAGUUGCAUAUGUGAUAAUUUUUAUCCUAAGAGAGGUUUUUAACCAAUGGCUAAUCGAGAGAUCCUUUAAUACAAAUCCUUUAAUGCUGCAUAGUACAAAAGUACAAAGCAUUUAGUAGUCACUCCAUAUUUGAUAUCUUUACUAUACUUCAGAGAGAUCCUCAUUCGAAAUGAAGUAAUAAGGACAAUGUACAUUGUUCAUAGUACAAUGCAUUUACUGCUAUUAGAUAUUAAAUCAAAUAAUCAAUUUCUUGAGCCACACGAUAUGUACGGAUAAGCCUGGUGUAUUGAGCUGCCAAGCCUGAAGAUAUCAAUAAUUGACCCCCUUUGUACUAUGCAUUAAAUGCAUUUUAUGGAGCCUCAAAAAAUGUCACUUGAUGUGCCUUGAAGAUCAGUAUCAGCUCAGUUGGACCACACAUCUCCCACGUGGCUUCGACCCAUUUCUGACCCGACCUGACCCGGAGCUAACCUAUGUUUGGGCGGGAACACUGUUCAGAAUUUCUCUUGCUUUUGUAUAUAGAAAGAUUAAUCAUUAGAUUAUUGCUACCCACGAUGAGUAUAUCAUCCACGUAUAAACAUAAAAUGACAUAGCCGUCUACCGUGCUCUUCACAUAGACGCAUUUGUCACUUUCAUUUAUUUUAAACCCAUUAAUUAACAUUGCAUGGUCGAACUUUUCGUGCCACUGUUUAGGGGC